AUGUCCAUCCGUGGGAGUUGUGAACGACCCCUCCCGUGUCUCCUCAUGAUCUACUUGCAGAUGAGGAAACUGAGGCAGCGGCAUCAAAAGGGCCAGAGUGUGAAGGCGACAGGCUCAGCCCACUCCGUCCCUUGCCAGGCCACUCAGCCAGACAGCAGCUGCUCUGGGGGCUGUGAUGCCAUGCCUAGAGGCUGCACCGGUGACUGUUCCAAGGCCAUGGCUGGGGGCAGCACCGGGCUCCUGAUGGACUUGGCGGCCAAUGAAAAGGCAGUGCACGCAGACUUCUUCAAUGAUUUUGAAGACCUCUUUGAUGACGAUGAUGUCCAGUGAGACUGUCUGCUGUGCCUUGGCCACGGCCCUGCGACACAUGGCGUGUGGGACUCAGGACAGGGUCAGGUGGAUUCAGAGACCUCUCGAGAAUGUUGGAAGAGCUGAUCAGCUGACCACUUGGACAGGCCAGUCAUGUCCCCCGGGACCAGCUUGUCCUUGUCUCAAUUAAAAGAAAGCAGUGCCAUCA